AUGGAUUUUCAUAGUCAAAAGUUACUUAAGGGAAAGAAUAAUAGCUGCAUUGGUGAGGCAGAAGAUAGGAUUAGCGGAUUACCUGACGAAAUUCUUCAUUAUAUCCUUUCUUUCCUUGAAUUCAAGUUUGUUGUUCGUACUUGUGUGCUAUCUAAAAGAUGGAAUUACAUAUGGACAUCUAACCCCAUACUAAAAUUUCCAUCUUGUUAUAGAUAUUCAUUGUCCCAAACCAAUAAGCUCAUGGAUUUUGUGGAUGCAACAUUGCUUCUUCAUGAUCCAUCGUCAAAUAUUCAGACGAUUCAUCUCGAGACGAAUGGACACUUUGAUGCUUUUAGGGUUCAUUCAUGGAUCUCUAAUAUAACAAAGCGUAAUAAUGUCAGAGAACUCAAUCUUGAUUUUCGACUAGACAAACCUUUUUCUAUUCCUUCGUCUCUUUUUAAAUGUGAAUCACUGACUACAUUGGAGCUAACUGCAUCAUGUGAUAUGCAUAUUCCUAAAAGUUUCUCUUUCCCGAAACUCAAGAGCCUUACACUCUGUGGAAUCCAAUUUACUCAAGAGGAUGGUUGGAAUGAGAAACACUUUUCUAAUUUCCCUGUCCUUGAAAAUUUUAUUCUGAAAGACUGCACUUGGCAUGGUAUGAAGAAAUUCUGCAUUUUAACUCCGGUACUAAAAGUCUUGGAAUUUGAGAAGUCUGACUCAAAGAAAGACGGUCUACAAGAUUGUGUUCUCAAAAUUCAUGCACCGAAUCCAGUAUCUCUUAGCCACGUUGGUGGUGUGGCUAAGGAUUAUGACUUGUCCAGAUUUACAGGCUUCGUAAACAUCCUACCUACAUUUCAUAAUCUGAACAAUUUGGACCUGAUUCUAGGACCAGCCUCGGAUGAAUUGAUAUUUGCAUUGAUCAAAGCAGUACCUAAUCUGAAACGGCUACAAUUCGGUGACGAGGUUCUUUUGUCUGCCGAUAGAGUGUUUGAUGAAUCUCAAGACUUGUUUCGACACCUCCAGUCAGUUGGGUUCGUGGGAUUUGGUGGGAAUGCUAGGGAGUUGCGAUGGGCAAAAUGUAUUUUGAAGAAUGCAAAAUCUUUGCAGACAAUUAAUAUUGGACAUGGUGCUUGCCAUUUCGAAAACAAAGAUGUGGUUAUGUUGGAGUUAUCAAGUCUUGCAAGAGCCUCUGGCAGAUGUCUUGGUUCUCGUCAAUGGCCUUCAGCUUCUGAUAGUGAUGCCCGUGUUGAGAAUCCACCACGGCCUUCAGUUUCUCAUGAACGAAUUAAGUGA